AAUGGUCUUAAGGCGAGUGUUCAGGCGAUUUGUAAGCCAUUCGGCUUAUGUACAAGGGCAAUUAAUAGAUGAGUCAGUGCGUGAAUAUUUCUACUAUCUGGACCACCAGGGACAACUUUUUCUUGAUGAUGUGAAGUCGAAGAACUUUAUAACUUGCUUUAAGGAUCAGCAAUUUUUGUCCUUUUUCUUCAGAAUGCUGAAAAAAAAUAAGUACGAGAGAUACGAUGAACAUUUUCCAUUUGUGUCUCUGUGCGGAAAAGAGCGAAAUUUUUUACGAUGUGAUGAUGUUCCAAUUGUUUUUACUCACAUUAAAUGUGGCGAUACUAUAUUAGAAAAUCUGAAUGACCUUGAGCCAAGUUCUGACUUCUAUUUAAUUCCAAACAAUAUUAUAAAGCAAAAUUUGUUGAAUGUUCCUUUUAACCCCGCUGGCUUAUGCAUGCUUCCAAAUUCUGGAAGAUUGUACCAUCCAAGCUCGGAACGGCAUGGCGGAGUAGGACUAAUAAAGUCAUCACUUGCGAUUGAAUUAAGCAACCGGUUCAUAUAUGAUUCAAGUCAGCCUGAGAUUGAGGUUGAUCCCGGAAAAGGGCCAAUUGCAUUUGACUGGUUUGGAGAGCGAAUUCGUUUGAAUAAUAGAAUUCUUGAUAAAAUUAAAGAGACUGAUGAAAGUUAGAUGUAUAAAUAUACUGAAAUUAGUUGUUAGGUUGUUUGUACAUAAUAU